AUGGGAAACGAAAGCGAAAGCGACAUUGACCGCGCAUUCCGCGCCGCUUGCCGAGUUUCCAGCGAGCUGCCCGACCUCGAUAAGUACAAGAGCUACGACAAGGCCUUCGUCCACCAUGCGACCGAUCUCAUAGCGCAGGCCGACAUUAUCUUGGCCCAUUGCAAAGACGAGUCAAUCCAAGUUGAGGUGCGCGCGGACCGAGACUUGGUGGAAUUAAGCCGACGCGAAUGGCCAGAGACCGGUGUUUUUACUCAAGUCUUUACGUACGUUCAGGAUGGCGCCGAUCUGAGCGAGCUCCCGCCAGAAUAUGCCAAAGCCCUGGCAGGCUACGUGCUGCUGCUAGAGGGCAUUGGCUCGAUUAAGCAAAGAUUUUUGGUGCAUCUCUUGGGAAUUGCCGUGAAGUCAAUGGAGGAUUUCCAGCAGGUAGAGCAAGACGCCAGGACUUUACUAAGCCAUGCCGAGGGGGUUUUGGCCACGGGAUUGACGUCCAUUGGAACCCCCGAUGGCCUCGUAAUUGACCAGCUUCGUCGCUCCCUGAUCGAGCCUUUCUCCGUCAGCAGUGCAGGCAGAAGCACGCGAGCCGCACAAGCGCCCCAUCGAAGAAUAAAGCUUUCCCACUACGCAUACCCGCAUCCCGCCCGCAUCAUGGACGUAGAAGAAUCAUUCCUGAGGUCCCCACCUUCCAGUUUAAGAGCUGAUUUGAAGUUUUCGACGAGGGCGUUCAGCUAG